AUGGUGGAUUCGGAAAAUGUUGUGAAGGAGAACACUGAAGAUUUAUGGAAGGCAACUGAACCAGAGGCCGAGGUUGUACAUGAACCAGCUGUGGGAGAAAAUAAGACAAAUGCUGGUGAGACGGAAAAUGAAGAUAUAACAAAGAUAAGAAAAGGAAAAUGUAGAUCCAAGUACGGAAGGUGCCAAACAUAUAGAUUAACAUACCAGCAUUUGAGAGACAAAGACGGGAAUUCCAAAACACCUGAGAAUGUGAUGAAGGAUUUGGGUGGUGAAGAAAGCCAAACCCAUUUGCCUUUCGAGGACUGGAAAUGUAGAACUUCAGUCUCCACCGGACACAGCACCACCAUCCGUCCAAAUACCGGCAGAGUGAACUCUGGGAGGGAUUUCCACGCGAACAAGGGCCAUAUUAUCCUCCGUUACGUUUAA